AUGUUCAUUGGCGGGCUGAAUUGGGAGACCACCGACCAAUCACUACGAGAGUACUUUGAGCAAUUUGGCGAAGUUGUCGAAUGCACCGUCAUGCGUGACAGUAGCACCGGACGAUCUCGUGGGUUUGGAUUUCUGACCUUCAAGGAUGCCAAGACUGUGAACAUCGUCAUGGUCAAGGAGCACUUUUUGGACGGCAAGAUUAUUGACCCCAAGAGAGCCAUACCGAGAGACGAGCAGGAAAAGACGAGCAAGAUCUUUGUCGGUGGCGUCAGCCAAGAGACGACGGAUCAAGAGUUUCGAGACUACUUUGCGCAGUUCGGACGAGUCGUCGACGCCACGCUCAUGAUGGACAAGGACACAGGGCGUCCCAGAGGGUUCGGUUUCGUGACGUUCGAGAGCGAGGCCGGCGUCGAGGCGUGCAUCAACGUGCCCCUCGAGAUUCACGGCAAACCCGUCGAGGUGAAACGGGCACAGCCGCGCGGCAAUCUCCGGGAAGAGGAGGAGGCCGCCAAGCGCAGCAAGUUCAAGAAGGACGACCAGCCAGGCGGGCAGGGCACGAGCCAGCAGAUGGGCAACAGCGGCAUCACGCCCCAGGUCAUGGCGCAGUACUUCCAACGGAUGCAGCAGUACUGCGCCAUGGUCACGGGCCAGAUGGCCAUGAACCGCGGCAUGAACAUGAACCCGGCCAUGUGGCAGCAGAUGGUGCAGAUGCAGCAGAUGCAGCAGAUGAUGGGCCGCGGCGGCGGGAACAACCCGCAGGGCAUGAUGGGCAGCAACAUGAACCCCCAGAUGAUGCAGCAGAUGCAGCAGAUGAUGCAGCAGCAGCAGAUGAUGCAACAACAGAACCAUCACCAGCAGCAGCAGCAGCAGCAGCAGGGGCCAGGCUCGCCAACACAAUCAGAUCAAGGCGGCUACGGCCAGUUCAGCCAGCCACCACCCAGCGGCCCAUCCGGCGGCAGGAGAGGCGGCAGAGGAGGAGGAGGAGGAGGAGGCGGCGGCGGCGGCUACGGAAUGGGUGGCGGCCGCGGAGGCGGCGGCGGCGGCGGCCCAACCUCCUGGGAAGGAAUGUACGAUGACGUCCCGCAGCCCGACGCAGGAGGAUAUCGUCGUGGCGGCCACGGCUCAGCGGACGGCGGCCACGGCGGCGCCGCGCCGCUCAACGCCCCCACGGGCCCCAAGAAUGCAGGUCGUCCAGGCGCGAAUUACCGCGGCGGCGGCCGUGGCGGCGGCAGAGGAUACCACCCGUACGCUCGGUGA